UUUUUUUUUUGGAGGGUAGUCAAAACGUACACAUCUUAAAUUAGUAGCUCCCAAGUUUUAUUUUAUUUAAAAACAUUAAUAGUGUUAAUUUCACUGUGCACAUGCAUUAAAUCUUUGCACUAUCCUUUGAUGCACUCACUCAUCUAAAAAAUUCUUUUUCAUUGUUUACUAAAACUAUAAUUUCAACAUCACUUCUCAAAUGGACCUAUACACGAAAUUGUCAAGCUGUAUGGAGGAACUGAGUACCACUUUUACUUCCCGGAUGGCUGCCUAUGAGGAGGAGUUGAAGAGUGUGAACAGUAGUGAGGCUUCACAUAAGAACAUUGCAAGCCUCUCAAAGGACUACACCGAGUUCAAGGGCCUCAUGUUGAAGACAAUAAGUGCCCUUAAAAUGCAGGUGGAACUGUUGUCACUGGGCCUAGAUCGACACGAAAUGGCUUCUCGCAGGCAGGUUCUCCUUCUUCAUGGUCUUCCAGAAGAGAAGGAUGAAGACUAUACAUCUCGGGCUCUUACAGUUGUAGCGGACAAGUUAAAGAUGCCCAAUGUCUCUUCUGCAGACAUUGUGUCAUGUCAUCGUCUGGGAGCCGACACGAGCAAGCCACGUCCUCUUCUAAUUAGAUUCCAGAGCCACAGUCUACGCAGUGAAGUGUGGCGAAGCAAGACUCUGUUAAAGGGCUCUGGACUGGUUUUCUCGGAGUUCCUGACCAAGCCCCGACAUGACGCUUUCCUGGCAGCCCGCAAGCAUUUUGGGAUGAAGCAGUGCUGGACAUCUGAGGGCAAGAUAGUGGUAUUGCUACCAGACAAGUCGCGGCGGAAAAUAGAAUCUCCAGCUGAGCUACAACAACUAGCGAGACAGUUUCCGACAUCUGUUACUUCUACUGGUGAGCCGACAGCGGGCGCACAGUCAAGUUCAACAGCCAACAAGUCUCCAUCAGGCAAGAGACCGCGAAGGCAAGCAAAAUAAUCUUCUGUUUUUUAUUUUAAUUUUUACUUUGUCGGUCACUUAAAAAUGUUUUUGUUUUGCUUUAACAAGUUGACAUCUAUCUUCCAUAGAUUAUAGAUUCUUUCUUUGACUCGUUCAGAAACGUCACUGUCCGUGAAUACGAGUCUUUUUAUCCACGUAUGACAAAUUAACUGACGAGUGCAUCGAAGGUGUCGAAAUAACAGGUAACUGUUAUUAUUGUAAUUUGUUUUUUUUUUUUUUAUUUGAUUUUGUAUUUUUAUUAUU